AUGGCUGCGGCGCCGGCUGUGCUGCUGCUCUGGCUGUUGGCGCUCGUGCCGCCCCGGUGGGUGCCGGCGCAGCCUCACGCGAGCGCGGGCCCGCGCUUCUCGGAGCACAAACUCUGCCCAGACGACGAGUGCAGCAUGAUAAUGUACCGGGGUGAGGCUCUAGAAGAUUUCACAGGCCCGGAUUGUCGUUUUGUGAAUUUUAAGAAAGGUGACCCUGUAUAUGUCUACUAUAAACUGGCGGGGAGAACACCUGAAGUUUGGGCUGGAAGUAUUGGACAUGUUUUUGGAUAUUUUCCAAAGGAUUUAAUCAAAGUAGUCCAUGAAUAUACUAAAGAAGAGCUACAAGUUCCAACAGAUGAGACAGAUUUUGUUUGCUUUGAUGGCAGAAGAGACGAUUUUGAUAAUUAUAAUGUAGAAGAACUUUUAGGGUUUUUGGAAUUAUACAAUUCUGCAACUGGAGAUUCUGGGAAAGCUGUAGAAAAAACUUCUCUGCAUGUGCAUGUGGAAAAAACUCCUGAAGUAUCGAAGGAAAAUGAACCUGAACCUGAGCCAGAAGAAGCCAACUCAGAGGAAAACAAAAGUGUGUUUCUAGAACACACUAAUGGUCUCAAGGAACGGUUUAUAGCUGAGAAGAACCAUGCAAACAGUCAAAUGGGUGAUGCUAAGGGAGAGUAGUGUUUGUUUGAACCUCUUGAAGAAAUGCUGCAAGAUCAAUUAAAAGUGCCACAAAGUGAAAACAACAAAACCAGCAAUAGUUCUCAGGUGUUGAGUGAACAGGAGAAGAUUGAUGCUUAUAAACUUUUGCAAAUGGACAUGACUCUGGGGCCAGCCCGUGGCUCACUCGAGACACCAAGAUCAUUCAUCCCGGAUAGCAAACAGGAGACACCAAGAUCAUUCAUCCCGGAUAGCAAACAGGAGACACCAAGAUCAUUCAUCCCGGAUAGCAAACAGGAGACACCAAGAUCAUUCAUCCCGGAUAGCAAACAGGAGACACCAAGAUCAUUCAUCCCGGAUAGCAAACAGGAGACACCAAGAUCAUUCAUCCCGGAUAGCAAACAGGAGACACCAAGAUCAUUCAUCCCGGAUAGCAAACAGGAGACACCAAGAUCAUUCAUCCCGGAUAGCAAACAGGAGACACCAAGAUCAUUCAUCCCGGAUAGCAAACAGGAGACACCAAGAUCAUUCAUCCCGGAUAGCAAACAGGAGACACCAAGAUCAGCCAUAGAUUAUACUGGCCCUGAAAAUGUAGAAGAUUGUGAAAGAAAUAAUGUAGAAGUCCCUGAAGGAAAUAAUGGGAAAGACCCAGAAGUGGACACAGAACUUCACAUUAGAGGCAAAAGGAAGGAAGUUCAAGAACCUGAGAGGGCCCUGGUACAAAGUGAGAGUGAAUUAGACGGUGAGAGGCAGGAGGAGAUGGCUGUGCACAGCUCUACUCCAGACAGUAACCCUGACUCUUUAUUAGCUGCUGAAAAGGGUAAAGACAUAUUAAAAUCUACCUCUGGUGACAGAGAAAAUUACCAGAAAGGAGCAGCUAUUCAUAUCUCAGAAUGCACACACCACGGAGAAAAGCCUGGGGAGCUGAUUUUGGAAGGUGGCUCAGAGAGUGGAUCUGUACAUAACGCUGCAGGGAAUCAAAUGAAUGAAGAAAAGAUUAAAUGGGUCCUUGGACAUGUGCCACUUUUGGGAGAUAAUCCACAUAAUGCAUCCAGAGACAGUGUGGCAGAAGUGAAUGUUUUGGUAAGUGAACCAGAACCACACAUGCCUUCAAUGGAGCAUCAACAUGAGGAAUUGAAAGAGGAAGUAUUUCUUAAAACUCAAAAUCAGCCUAGAUUCUCCUCUCCAGAUAAAAUCAGUUUGCCGAGAGAACAGAAAGCAGAGGCUACCUCUCCAGGAAGAAAUCUUUCCGAGCAAUGAGGAAGAGCUGUGGCCGCUGCAGGCAGCGAGCGUGUGAGUGAGAAGACAAGGCCCACUGCGGCACGCGGGAGGCAGACCAGACUGACAGCGCACGGGCCAGGUUUCCAUGCUGAAAAUCCAGAAGCAGCAGAGGAUGACUAUCCCCCUGAAGAGCUACUGGAAGAUGAAAAUGCUGUCAUUGCAAAACAGUCUAGAGAGAAGAGCCCUGGGACUCAAAACAGGCAGGCAGACGUAAAUGUGCAAGUCGCCGAAAGAGCAAUUUCAGGAACCAUUAACCCUGAUCUGGAAACUGAAGAAAACAAACAAGAAACCAGUAAGAUUUGGGAUAAAAGGAAAAGGGAACCUGUGGACGAAGGAGUAGACACAAUAAGCAGGGAUCCACGCGGUAUGGUGGUGGAAAAAGAAGACAGCCCUCUGGUAGAUAAGAAAGCACAGAAACCGUCUGACGUAAGUGACUUCCCGGACAAGGAGAAAACUAGGACUCCAGAGCUAGACGAACCAUUUCAGAAUAAAGAUGAUCUGGAGAAAGACAACCCAGAGGAACCCCUCGGGGUUGCAGAGAAGCCUGGCGGAGAACUCUUGAAAGAGGACCCAGGUGGUAUGGUGGUGGAAAAAGAAGACAGCCCUCUGGUAGAUAAGAAAGCACAGAAACCGUCUGACGUAAGUGACUUCCCGGACAAGGAGAAAACUAGGACUCCAGAGCUAGACGAACCAUUUCAGAAUAAAGAUGAUCUGGAGAAAGACAACCCAGAGGAACCCCUCGGGGUUGCAGAGAAGCCUGGCGGAGAACUCUUAAAAGAGGACCACGAGGAUAUAGAGAAAUUCAUGGACACAGAAUACCAGGGGUCUGUUUCUGAAGAACUUGAAGAUGACCUGUCCCACUGGACUCCACAUACACCUGCAGGUGUACACAUACAUCAGCAUAGUGACCAUAGGGAGGACUUGCGUAUAAUAAGCAGCUUCUGUAAAGAAGAGCAGUCUUUGCAGCAGUUCCAGAAGUACUUCGAUGUCCAUGAGCUGGAAGCCAUGCUACAAGAAAUGUCAUUAAAGCUGAAGUCAGCACAGCGGGAGAGCCUCCCCGACAAUGUGGAAAAAGUCCUAGAUAAAGUCUUCCAUGCUUCUGACUCACAAAUUCUGAACAUAGCAGAGAACAUGCUCGAUACACGUGUGUCCAAGAACAGAGAUCUGGGAAUGAAGGGAGAUAAUAUAUUUGAAGAGGCUGCGGUGCUAGGUGACAUUCAAGACCUGAUCUAUUUUGUCAGGUACCAGCACUCGACAGUGGAGGAGACUGCCCCACUGGUAAUGGCACCACCCCUAGAAGAGGGCUGGGGCGGACCCAUGGAAGGUAAAAUACCUGCCUGUGGCCUUGUAGAGCAGGGCUGGAGAAGAAGGUGGGGAAGGGGGUUGCUGAAGUGCCUCAUACCUUAUCCAGCGAUGGAGUCAGUCCCUGCCAUUGUGCCUCCUGUCGCCACGUCGGACAGGGCGCUUUGGGGACCCCUGUCGGUGCUGUACACAGCCCUCACAGCCAAGCUGCUGGAGUUUGUUGCUACAUUGCCUGAUGAUGUUCAGCCUGGGCCAGAUUUCUAUGGACUGCCAUGGGAACCUGUACUUAUAACAGCCUUCUUGGGAAUUGUUUCAUUUGGUGUAUUCUUCUGGAGAACUGUCCUUGUUGUAAAGAGUAGAGUUUAUCAAGUCACUGAACAGCAAAUAUCUGACAAGGUGAAAAACAUCACAAGAGAAAAUAGAGAACUUGUACAAAAGUUGUCAGAUUAUGAACAAAAGAUCAAGGAAUCAAAGAAAUAUAUUCAAGAAACCAAGAAACAAAAUAUGAUUCUUCGUGAUGAAGCAAUUAAAUAUAAGGAUAAAAUCAAGACACUUGAAAAAACUAAUGAAAUUCUGGAUGACAGAGCUAAAAGUCUUCGUAUUACAUUAGAAUCUGAGAGAGAACAUACUGUCAGGAAUCAGGACUUGAUAUUAGAAAACAGGAAAUCUAUAGAGAAGUUAAACAAUGUUAUCUCCAUGAAUGCUUCAGAAUUUUCAGAGGUUCAAAUUGCUCUUAAUGAAGCUAAGCUUAGUGAAGAGAAGGUGAAGUCUGAAUGCCACCGGGUUCAAGAAGAAAAUGCUAGGCUUAAGAAGGAGAAAGAGCAGUUGCAGCAGGAAAUCAGAGAUUGGAGUAAAUCACAUGCUGAACUGAGUGAGCAAAUCAAAUCAUUUAAGAAGUCUCAGAAAGAUUUAGAAGUAGCUCUUACUCACAAAGAUGAUAAUAUUAAUGCUUUGACUAAUUGCAUUACACAGCUGAAUCGGUUAGAGUAUGAGUCUGAAUCUGAGAUUCAAAAUAAAGGAGGAAAUGAGUCAGAUGAAUUAGCAAAUGGAGAGGUGGGAGGUAACCGGAAUGAGAAAAUGAAAACUCGAAUUAAGCAGAUGAUGGAUGUCUCUCAGACACAAACUACAAUAUCAGUAGUUGAAGAGGAUCUAAAACUCUUACAAUCUAAGCUAAGAGCCUCCAUGUCCACAAAAUGUAACCUGGAAGAUGAAAUAAAGCAAUUAGAAAAGGACCGCAGUUCACUGCAGUCUGCCAAAGCUGGACUGGAAGAUGAAUGUAAAACCCUGAGGCAGAAAGUGGAGAUUUUGAGUGAACUAUACCAGCAGAAGGAGAUGGCUCUGCAAAAGAAAUUGAGUCAAGAAGAGUAUGAGCGGCAAGAAAGAGAGCAGCAGCUGUCAACUGCAGAUGAGAAGGCGGUUUUGGCUGCAGAGGAAGUAAAAACUUACAAGCGGAGAAUUAAAGAAAUGGAGGAAGAAUUGCAGAAAACAGAGCGCUCAUUUAAAGACCAGAUUGCUGCUCAGGAAAAAAAAGUGCAUGAUAACUGGCUAAAAGUUCGUGCUGCAGAAAGGGCUAUAGCUGAAGAGAAAAGGGAAGCCGCUGACCUGAGACACAAAUUAUUCGAAAUAACUCAAAAGGUGGCACUGCAGCAAGAAGAGCCUGUGAUUAUAAAACCAAUGCCAGGAAGACCAAACACACAAAACCCUUCACGGAGAGGUCCUCUGAGCCACAAUGGCUCGUUUGGCCCAUCCCCUGUGAGUGGUGGAGAAUGCUCCCCUCCACUGGCAGCAGAGCCACCCGGGAGGCCUCUCUCCGCUACGCUCAACCGAAGAGAUAUGCCUAGAAGAGAAUUUGACCCAGGAUCUGGUGCAGCUGCCGUGAUGAACAGCAACUCAAGAAGCUCUUCCCCUUCUAAGGUGAUGGACGAGGGCAAGGUUAAUAUGGCUCCUAAAGGCCCCCCGCCUCCUUUUCCGGGGGUGCCCCCCAUGAGCUCCCUGGUUGGAGGCCCCAUCCCACCACCCAUUCGAUAUGGACCACCUCCUCAGCUCUGCGGGCCUUUCGGGCCUCGGCCUUUUCCUCCACCAUUCGGUCCUGGUAUGCGUCCACCACUAGACUUAAGAGAAUAUCCACCAGGCGUUCCACCUGGAAGACGGGACCUGCCUUUUGACCCUCGGGGAUUUGUACCAGGACACACACCAUUUAGACCUUUCGGCUCUCUUGGCCCGAGAGAGUACUUUAUUCCUGGUAGCCGAUUACCACCCCCAACCCAUGGCCCCCAGGAUUACCCACCACUACCUGCUGCAAGAGACUUCCUCCCUUCGGGCUCGAGAGAGGAGCCUUUACCUGCCUCUCAGAGCAGUAGCCAGGACUGUUCACGGGCUUUAAAACAGAGCCCGUAACUAUAACCUCUGACGGUUGGGGAGAAAGUGGACUAUACACUAUUCAUUACAGUAAAGGACUUCAUUGGCUUCAAAAUCCAGAAGUUCACUUUAAGAUGUUUUAGAACUAAGCUGCCUUGGCAGUGCGCUUCUUGAGCCAAACAAUUCAAAAAUGUGGUUUUCCUCCCUAGAUAAAAAUCACCUCUUAAGCUAGAGCAUCCUUACAAUUUUCAAAUGUGCAAUAAAGAAUUCCUGUGUUUUAGUUAAUGUAGCAUAUGUAUGUAAUUGCUAAACGAUUUAGAAUGUCAUAAAAAAUAUAAACAUUUCCUGUGGAAAUGCUUUAAGAACAUGUAUUUCCAUUAUCCUGUUUUUAGUAUGCACUAGAUAAAUACAUAGCAAUGGUGUUUAUAAGACUGUUACGCUAAAAAUGUUUACUAAAAGAUCACUAAACUUCAUCUCCCCUCUUGCUGAAGUUCUCUGUAGUAAUAGUUAAUAAAAAUUUGUUUUAUUAGUAUA